GCAGGGCUGGAGGACAGCGCUGCUGCGGCUGCAGACGCAAGCUUCCAGAGAGAGCCCAAGAUCCCAGCACCAUGAGGAAGCAUCUGGGCGGAUGCUGGUUAGCCAUUGUCUGCGUCCUGCUGUUCAGCCAGCUCUCGGCGGUCAAGGCGAGAGGCAUAAAGCACAGAAUCAAGUGGAACCGCAAGGCCUUGCCCAGUACCUCCCAGGUCACGGAGGCGCGCACGGCGGAGAUCCGCCCCGGAGCCUUCAUCAGGCAGGGCCGGAAGCUGGAUAUCGACCUGGGAGCCGAGGGCAACAGGUACUAUGAGGCCAACUACUGGCAGUUCCCCGACGGCAUCCACUACAACGGCUGUUCCGAGGCCAAUGUGACCAAGGAGAAGUUCGUGAGCGGCUGCAUCAAUGCCACGCGGGUGGCCAACCAGGAGGAACUGUCCCGCGAGAAACAGGACAACAGGCUUUACCAGCGGGUCCUGUGGAGGCUGGUCAGGGAGCUCUGCUCCGUCAAGCACUGCGAUUUCUGGCUGGAGAGGGGAGCCGGACUGCGGGUGGGCGGCGACCAGGCCCUGCUGCUCUGCCUGCUGGUUUUCAUUUGGUUUAUCGUGAAAUAAGCUUGCAGGCGCGCCGGCGGCCGCAGGGACCCGAGGGUCCAGAAACCAGACUUGUGUGGGGUGCGAAGGGCAUUUGUAUAUGGUGAUUCAAAUGUCAAGUUUAUUCAUGAAGCUUUUUAACCGAGACCACACGUGCUUGAACAUCUUUGCUGCUGUUUACGAAUUACGAGGUCCAGGGAAGGCAUUGUCUGGUUUGUCACAUUAGCCAAAGGUUGUCGAGCAGCUAUUAUGUCCAAGACAUUGUGAGGGACGUCUGAAUUAUUCUUGAUACAGUCAUUUUAGAGGUGCAUAACUUCACCAGCCUUCGCAUUCUUGUCCCCUCCAAGUGUUGACUUUUCAAAAUGUGUUUGUAGUAAAAGUGACAUUUAAAUUACAAUGGAAAUCCAGAACACCAUUAUCUGGUUAAGUCUGUGUUUUCAGUCUGCUCUCUUACCUCCUAGGCCUUCUCCACUUGCACAUACAAAUGUACAUAUUUGCAAAAUACUACAGAAGAGCUUUUAUAUUUCAAGUAUUCUCUUUAUUGUAUAGAACUCUAUUCUAUGCUUUUUUCAUUUGUCUAUGAUGUUUUAAUUCUUGCCUCCCCCAACCCACCCCCUCCUUCUUGCCUGAUCUGUAGCCUCCAAGUUUUCACCGUUCUUAGG